AACACGACGUCUUACGAGUGAAGUGAGGUAUAUUCUUACAAACUUACAAGAAAACAGUGAAAAUGUAUGUGGUUCUGGAACUAGCGAUAAAUGUGAAAUGAAGUCUUAAUUGAAUAGAAUGACGUCACAGAUACAUCAGCAGAGAUGGAACACCACGACAUGCACCACGACUGCGACGGCGAUGGCGGCCACGGACACUCGCACGCCAUGGUGUUCCACGCCGGCGUGAACCAGGAGAUCCUGUUCAACGGAUGGGUGACCACCAACGCGCUGGAGCUGUUCGGCUCGGCCGUCGCCAUCUUCCUCGCCGGCGUCCUCUACGAAGGACUCAAGUACUACAGAGAGGCGUUGUACGUGAGCUCGACGACAGUGACCAGGGACUCCCAGGUCAACAUCGCCAAGAACGAGUGCGGCACCAACACCAACUGCAGAGGACCUACCGUUGUCAAGUACACGAUGCUAUCGGGCGGCCACUUCAUACAAACAGGUUUCCACAUAGUGCAGUCGACGUUCUCAUACAUCCUCAUGUUGAUAUUCAUGACUUACAACGUGUGGCUAUGCAUGGCUCUGGUGCUGGGCAUGGGGCUCGGCUACUUCUUCUUCGGCUGGCGGAAGAGCUCCGUCGUCGACUCCAACGAACACUGCCAAUGAUCCACAGACUCGCCACCGAGGGUUUUAAGCCAGGACGUAUAGAUCAACAUCUUUGCCUUGUUUUGUAGGAUCUCGAAAAGACAAUACAAUAACUUUGCCCUGUUUUGCAUGACAAUUUUUCGAAAAUAUGAGGCUUUUGGCUUGAUACCCUUAUUAUGAACAUUUGUACAACACUACAGCAAUAUUGAAUUGAAAUUAAGUACCUAUCAAUGAAGUAUUUACGAGGUAUGUAGCUAGUAAGUUUUAACUAACUCCCUUACUUAUAAUUUCCAUGGGCAUUGAACACUGAGAAGACAUUUCCUUACAAAAUGCCAUUUUGAAAGUGCUCAAAGCUCAUGUAACUCUAUCAGUAAGGGGGAAAUGCAAUCAGGUUACAUGGUGCUGUAACCUUUUCAACUAAAUUAGUAAAUAAUAAGUAAGUACUAGUGUACCUAUAGUCUUGCCAUUCCAUUUAUUAUGAACUAUUUUAUGAGUUAAAUUGUUAAAAGAUUUUUUCAUUUUAAAACCUUUUGAAUUGUUUAACUCAAUCAUCAAAUUUGCUCGAUUACACUUUGUAGCAGAGGCAAUAUACUAUUUGCACUUCCAUUUCUUCACUGAAUAAACAUAAAGUUUACCUACUUUUAAAUACCGUGGUUUAAGUCGUUAUUGUCGUCGUCAGUACCUUUAUAAAUAUUAAAAAUUAUUCAUUAAAAUACCUAAUUUAUAUCAUUAAAUUACCAUUAUUUAUUGACAUUAAUAUUAUCUACUGUCUGAGAAAAAUAAAUUUGGAUUUGCUACCCAGUAAUUCCUGUGCCAUUUCUAUUCAAAAAAAAGAUAAACAAAACCAUGUCUCUUCUUUUAUGUCAAAAAUAUUAUACCUACAGCAAGUUUCCCGGAGUACGAAAGAAUUUUCCACUAGACCCUUAUUGCUUCAAACUAAGAAAACAUCAUCCAAACUAGAAUUUCUUUUUAUUCAGAUUUGUACCGAAAGUUAGGAAACUGGAAAUAUAGCUCAAGCCAAUCAAUUUCACUGUACUAGCAAAAUUUAUCAUGACAAUAAGCUAUGAGUCCACGGGCCAAUACUGCAUGUAUUAUUAUAAGUAUUAAUGACAAUUUAUUUUAUUGUAUAUCUAUAAUGUACUGUACAAUAAGCGAUAACCUUUUUGUAAGUUCAAAAUUAAAUUGAAGUAAGUAAAUUAGGUAUUUCACUUAAAGAAUUUGGAAAAAUGUGAUAAUUACAUUAUGUAUGUAGAUUUAAGUUUAUGUAAAUAAGAUUUAACUAUGAGAAAUACAUUCCUGUUAUUCAAAUAAAGAUAUUCAAUAUAAUUA